UUUUAAAAUUUAUAUUAGAUUAUAAUUAUACUUUAGUGUAUUUUUAUUUAUAUUUUAUUUAUUAUUUUAUUAUAAAACAGUUUUCCGGUUGAAUUAUGGUUGAACUGGUUAAAUCAAUAAACCAGUAAAUCAGUAACCAGAAAGGUUCGAUGACCGGUUUGGUUCGCAGGAUUGGUGAUUUUUGGUAAAAUAAUCCCAACAAAGUUCAUCGGUGACUAUAAAAAUUCGGAUCAAAGUAGUCCUUAUCUUAUUUUCUUUGUUGUUUUCGUUUAUUCUUGUUUGUUCAUAUAGAAAUUUUGGUGAUUAUUUUCCCCAUUUUUAUGACCCUAAGACAAAAUUCGUUAGGAAAAUAAACUGUGAUUGGUGAUUAUUCUUGUUUGUUCAUAUAGAUAAUGUAUGUGGGAGAGAGGGUUAUUUUGGGUGCAUAUGAUAAAAAAUAAACUGUGAUUGUUUCAACUCCUCUCUUUGUUUUAUUCCACAAUUUGUGAAAUGAUUGGAUCAUAUGCUUGUGUAUGCAUUGAGGCCCUUCCUUUGUACUUUGCUGUUUUUUGUUGUUUGAUGGAAGAACAAUAUAUUACAAACAACACAUGAAAAUGAUUAAUUGAUGUAGAAAGGAGAUAAAGUGAAAAAUGGGGCUUUGAGUGGGUUGAGUAAUGUCAAGCUAGAGUCGAAGAAACACGGUUAGUUCAGUGGGAUGGAGCAGAUAUGGCAAAGAAAGUAAAGCAUUAGAGAAGUAUGAUGGGUGCACUAGAUAUCUUUCUAUGCUCAAGAGGUUUUGCUGGAAUUCACUGAUUUUUAUUUUUCGGAUAGGAAGAAUUCACUGCUUGAUUAACUCCUAUUUGCUAUUGUGUACAAUUUAGCAGAUUUUGUUAUGAGCAUUCUAUAAUUGUGUUCUCUUCUGUUGGUCAUUUUAUCACUUGCUAAUCCAAAUAUCCUAUACUUGAGCUUAAACAAGUGUCUUCACUCUUCAGUCCAAAUAUUCUUUUAACUUAAAUGCUUAUGAAUGAAAUGAUAGUAGAGUCCCAAUAACACACUUGAUUAUGCUGAUUUCACUUCGACCAUUCCAGAUAUUUUGCUCUUCGGCCCAGCACUGCUCCUUUGUGUGCUUCUUCCAUGAAAGAUCUUGUUACUGUAUUUGUAGACUAGGAAGGUUCUGUUUUUAAUACUUUGCUGUUUUUUGUCUCAAUGGUGGGCACACUACAUUUUGAGAGUUGAUUAAUUGAUUACAUUUAAUUAAUUUACACGUGAAUUUUAUGUCUUUAAUUAAUAUGCUUUGGUGUUAGCGUUUUGCAAGCAUGUUAUUGGUUAUUAUAAUUUCUGGUUCAAAUUGUUUUACAUUUUGUAUUUGAAAAUUUAUAUGUAUUUUCUUGUGUAUGCAUGCAAAUUUCUGCCAUGAAUUCCAUUGCAUUGUUUGAAACUCUGAUUUUUCUAUUGAUGUUAAGCUUGGAGAUAGAAUUUUUUGGUUAUAUUUUUCUAUUAAUGUUUAACAUUGUUUGAAACUCUGACUUUCAUAAUUAUAUUUUAUGGCUUCUUAUUCAGAAUGAGGUAGCCGAUCGUGAUGUACCCAUGUCAGAGUUUGCAGAGCAUUUGAUAUGAAGAGGGUAUGGCUUUCUAAGAAGUUCUCCUACAUUUAUGAAUCUGGUCCUUCUACCAACCUCGCCUUCUUUAUGCAAUCUCUGUAUGCCCAAUAUAUAGUAACUGAUUGGCUUGGUUCGAACAGGAUUCUUCUGCCUAAACCUGUACUUAAGAAGAACACACAGACACUCCCGUGUCUGACGACAGUAGUUGGACGGAACAAGCUUUGGAAGUGUCAAAAUGUACAAAAUACAUAAUGUUUUGGUGGUCAUCCGGCCCUUUCACAAGCAGUGCACUUGGUCACAUAAGAAAUUCUGCCUUUCAAGAGGCUUAAUCUUUGAGAGCCGGGUACAUGUAUCUGAUUCAAAACCCCACAAAUUGAGGCCCUAAUUCUGACCAUUACCUGAAAAUUGAGAAGCAAAGUGGAGGCUUUACUUGGGUUGCUGGCCGCAGAACAAUGACUUUUAUUCACCAAGUAAGUUCCAAACCGUUCAAUCUCUUCACUAGGAUUAAUUUUUCCAGACACCACUUUCAACAUUUACGGCUUCUUCAUACACAAGCCGUGUCAAAGCAUAAUAAUGAUGAUGUUACUGCAAUAUGCAACUCAUUCAGAAGGGGUUGGAACUGGGAUACUAUAAGCAUCAAAUUUGGUACGUUUAUGUUGAAUGACUUGAUGGUUGAGCGAGUGCUCCUGGAAUUGAAGGACCCCAGUGAUGCAAAGUGUGCCUUGGGUUUCUUUCACUGGUCCACAAAGAGGAGAAAUAUUGAACAUGGAAUUCGGUGUUACUGCAUAGCAAUCCAUAUCUUGGUUGGAGCUAGGUUGCUUAACGAUGCUUGUGCAUUGCUCGAAUCAUUGUUGAACAAAACCAAGGAAAGCAGCUCAAGGGUUAUGGUCGCAGAUACACUUCUUGGCUGCUACCCGGUUACUGAUUCACAUCCUAUUGUAUUUGAUUUGCUGAUACAGGCCUACGCAAAGCUAAGGCUGACUGAUGUUGCUUUUGAGGUUUGCCUAUAUGUGGAGAAACAUGGAUUCUCCAUCAGCCUCGUAAGUUUCAACACUUUGCUUCAUGUCGCGCAAAAAUCAGAUCAAUUUGGUCUAAUUUGGGAUGUUUAUGAGCACAUGAUUCAAGAACGGACAUACCCUAAUCUAGCAACUUUGAGGAUCAUGAUCAAUGCACUGUGCAAGGAUGGGCAGCUGCAGAAAAUUGUGGAUGCAUUAGAUAGGAUUAUGGGGAAGUGGAAUUCUAGUCCUUCAGUGAUUGUAAAUUCUAGCUUAAUUUUCAGAGUCUUAGAGCAGGGAAAAAUGGAAGAAAGCAUGGUAGUUGUGUUGUUGAAAAGGUUGUUACAGAAGAAUUUGAUUCCUCACUCAGUUGCUUAUUCUCUGAUUAUUCAUGCUAGGAUUAGGUUGGGAAGUUUGGAUUCCGGAUGGGAGAUGUAUGAAGAGAUGGAGAGAAGAGGUUUCCAAGCAAACUCUUUUAUAUAUACAUCAUUUAUAGGAGCAUACUGUAGAGAGGGCCGAAUUGAACAAGCGAAUGUUUUGAUGCAAGCAAUGGAAGAAAGAGGCUUGAAACCAUAUGGUGAGACUUUUGAUCAUCUUAUAAUUGGAUAUGCUAAUUUGGAGCAGUUGGAGGGGUGUUUGAGUGCUUGCGAUAAAAUGUUGAGUAUUGGGCUUAUUCCUAGUUGUUUAUCGUUUAACACGAUGGUAGAAAAGCUCUGCGCAAAGGGGCAUGUGGAGCAAGCUAACUCCAGGUUGACUUUAUUGUUAGAUAAGGGAUUCUCACCAAGUGAUAUCACGUACACUCAUCUAAUAGAGGGUUAUGCCAAGAAGGACGAGAUUCAGGAAGUUUUAAAGUUAUAUUAUGAGAUGGAGUACAGGUCUAUGUCUCCUGGAUUAUCUGUUUUUACAUCAAUAAUUCAGUGUUUAUGUCAUUGUGGAAAGCUCGAAGAUGCGGAUAAAUAUCUAUGGAUUAUGAAGGGUCAGCCGCUAACCCCGUCUGUUACUAUAUACAAGACGUUGAUUGCUGGCUAUAGGCAGAAGGGUUACAGCAUAAGGGCCCUGCAUCUUCAGAACGAAAUGGAUUCUUUAGUAAUACAUAAGUGAAGGUUAUCCUUUUAGAAGCUAGUUCACUUUUCCUUUUCGUGGAGUGCUAGGGGCAGCAACUUUUGUGAUUUGUAGCUAUCAAAUAGCUAUUAAUGAUGAUUUUAAUGGUGUGAGAUUUCAUCCAAUGGCUCACUUUUUUUUGUUAGUUACAUGCCAGAAUUUAAUAAAGUUGCUGGCUCCCUAAACUUUUCCUUUUUU